UAGUUACGGCGGAGGGUUUUAGUACCAAGUGGACGAAGCGUCGAAGCAAUGAACACUAAAUCCGAUACGAACCGACACGUGCUGACAAUACAGGCGAAGAAAAAGCGUCAUAAGACGGGGAAGAGAAAGGGCAAACAGACGACGGCAGCGGCGGCAGCAGCGGCGGCGGCGGCAAAGACGGCCGCGGCAGCAGCGGCGCAGAACACCGGCCACAACAACUAUCACUCGACCACGGCGUCCAGUGGUGGUGGUGCUUUCGUGGGUGCCGGAGUGCAGCGACAGCCGCCGGGAGCAAACAAUGCGGAAAAUGACUGUCCCGAUGCGGCUGCAAUUUUCGUAGGUGACGGUGAUGGUACGAUGAGUGACAAUCAGGAAACGGAGGCCCUCUGUCCCGAUGUGAUUUGCAUGGAUGACGGCGGUGCUGGUGGCAAGCGGGCACCGGUGGGUAUCGGUGGCAGCCUCUGGUCAACCGAUGCGAACGCCAGCUCAUCGAACGAAACGAUCGAGCAGGACCGCGACGGGGACGGGUACACGAGCGAGGAAGAAGAGCAAGAGUGCCGGGAAGACUACGGUCGCGGGGGCUACCAUCCGGUGAAGCUCGGCGAUCUCUUCCUGCAGCGCUACCACGUCAUUCGCAAGCUCGGCUGGGGACACUUCUCAACGGUCUGGCUGAGUUGGGAUCUGGAAGAGAAGCGGUACGUGGCGCUCAAGAUUGUGAAAUCGGCUCAACACUUUAGUGACACGGCUAAGGACGAGAUACACAUCCUGAAAUCGAUCCUGAACGCCGAUCCCGAGGAUCCGAAACGUGACAAGGUGGUACAGCUGCUGAACGACUUUCGGAUAACAGGCGUCAACGGGACGCACAUCUGCAUGGUGUUCGAAGUGCUGGGUCACAACCUGCUGAAGUUGAUCAUGAAAUCCAACUACCGUGGCAUUCCGCUGGCCAACGUGAAAUCGAUCAUCCGGCAGGUGCUCGAGGGACUGGACUAUCUGCACACGAAGUGCAAAAUUAUUCACACCGACAUCAAGCCCGAGAACGUGCUGGUAUGUGUGAACGAGUGCUACGUGCGUAAGCUGGCGUGCGAAGCGACGGAAAUGCAUGCGAUGGGUUGCAAGCUGCCGAUAUCGCUCAUCUCUGCUGCUCCGCCCCAGCUUCAGGAGCAACCAGUCAGCCAGAACAUGAGCAAGGCGAAGAAGAAGAAACUAAAAAAGAAAGCAAAAAUGCAAACGGAACUGAUCAGACAGCAAAUGGAGCACCUUCAGCUGCUCGAACUGGGACUGGAGAAUGGUGACCGUUCCACUACAAUAACUAGUACUAUAACAACAGGCAGUGCGGCGGCCGAGGGCGACGACUCAACGAAGGCACACGGCGAGGGCGCCACAAUUACUAAGCCCAGCGUUUGCUCUGGGACCGGGUAUGAGAUGACUUCUGAAACGGAACGAUUGUUAGUGAAUGGUGCUGGUGGUGGUGUCGACGGAGGUGGGUCAUCGUCAUCGGGUGAGGAGGAUCGCCAAACGCCAAACGCUUCGACGCUCUCCAGUCCAUCGAUCAGUGAAGCCACAUCCAAUAACAAUGAGGAAGCCUUGGACCGGAAAUCGCCGACGACCGAUGGUGCCGAAAACGAUAAGGAAACCGUCGGUGAUAAUAGUGAUUCGAAAGCGGCCGAAAAGCCUUCAUCUUCAUCUUCCGUCUCUACCGCGAACUCGAAGUUGCACAUUGGAGAAUCAGUACGGAAAAUAUUGUCCUCGGUAAAAGAACCGAAAGAUCCGGCAUUCGAAGUGUGCGAUAUCGACGUCAAGAUAGCCGAUUUGGGAAAUGCGUGUUGGGUGGACAAGCACUUCACCGAAGACAUCCAGACGCGUCAGUAUCGCUCGCUAGAGGUGAUUAUUGGUGCUGGUUACGAUACAUCGGCCGACAUCUGGAGCACAGCGUGUAUGGCUUUUGAACUGGCCACUGGUGACUAUUUGUUCGAACCGUUUUCCGGGAACGAUUACUGUCGUGAUGACGAUCACAUUGCACACAUUAUCGAACUGCUGGGUCCGGUCCCAAAGCGCAUUGCCCUUUCUGGGAAAAAUUCGAGCCAUGCGUUCAACGCUAAGGGUGUGCUGAAAAACAUUUCCGGCUUGAAACCGUGGGGAUUAGUGGACGUGCUGAUUGAGAAGUACGAAUGGCCAGUCGAGGACGCCUUCGAGUUUAGUGACUUUCUCAAGCCGAUGUUGGACUACGACCCGAAGACGCGUGCAACCGCCGCCGAUUGCUUGCAGCAUUCGUGGCUACGGGAAAAGCCCUGAGCCACAUACUGUGCAUCGUACCGGCCGAUACCAUGUUGGUAAGUGGCAAAUAAUUGUGCCCACUCGGUAAAAUAGUACUCUAUCAGAAUGUUAAAUUGCGGAUUACAAAUUGUGCAUAUGUGUCUGUGUGUGUGUGUGUGUGUGUGUGUGUCCGUGUGGAAAUGAGCCCUUCUAGUUGGUGGCGAAAGGAUAUACAUACGAAAACAAAAAGCAAUCUGGCGAAUCGAAAAAUAGUUUCUUUCAAAAUAGCGACUGGUUGUUGGAGCAGAAAAGGUCGUGUGCAGUGAUAAAUGCAACGUGAAGAAUGCACGACGAUUAUUGCUUUGUGAAUCAAUUGUUUUGUUCGAUCGAAGCCCAAGAAGCAGCAUACUCCAGCUAAGCAACUGACAAAAAAGCCAAACGAAGGAGCCUGUGAACGGACAUGGUAGAGUGAUUGAUACAAAAUGUUGUUGAAGUGAACUGACUACUAGCGAGUGUGAAAUACAUAACAAACUAACAAGCCUAUGUGCAGGAAUAGUCAAAUCAUCAGCUUUACAAAAUAGAACAAUACAUGGAAUCUAAUUGACAACAUCAAUGUCUGUGCCACGUGUGCCCUCGUUAGCAAGCUACAAGGAUAUGAACUUUUGGAUCUCGAACUGUGAGGCAGGUGGAUGCAUCGGCAAGGAACGACCUAUGGUAUGCGACGAACAGUGGACGAUUUCGCAAGUACGUUGUUAGCAUCCACAAGUGAGGGAAAUUGUUAAAACAUGUUGAAAAAUAAUAAUAUAAAAUAUAAAAUAAAUAACCAGAACCAGUUAGAGACAUUUUACAAAAAUAAUAGGAAUUAUAAACAAAUCGGUUAUUAGCCUGUACCAUUGUAUAAAGAAUGUUUCAUAAUCAUCAUAAAACGGCAUACAAACACAGGUUAAGAGAGUGAUCGUGGGCACAGAUAAGGUUAAGCAACACGCAAGCCGCUAGAAAAUUUCUACACAAACUGUUUUUCUUUCAUCUAAGCCUACUCUAAAUCUGUAAAAGAAUAAGUUCCCAAAGACCCCAGGAAUGUACGUAAAACGACACCUCCAAAGGAAAUAUAGAGCGUGCCCGGAGCAACAUUUUGUAGAAGCACAAUGCUCGUGAAUAUUUUUUGUUAGUGAUAUGAUGGUGCACUACUUUGGUGAGUUAGUUGAAUGUGAAAUUGCAACAGGAGGGACCCGAAGAAAUCGAUCGAUUUGUCGGAAGUUCACGUGAUCCUCAUGAAGCUCCUAAUGGGACAAACCUUUUGGCAGCGUUUUGUUGUGAACUGGUGAAAGUGAGCUGCCAAAGGGCUGUAGCUUCGAAUGGAUGUUCUAAUUCAUGUCUAAACCUUACCUCACCGUGGUGUGUUCUUGAGCCAGUUUUUCAAAAUGCCAAAAUUGAAAGCUACUGGAACUUUGCUUUAUUACAUGUUGGUAAAAGGAGGCUACCCUUUGGCGUCUUUCGAUGGAUAAUAAUCUUCCAUGUAAACUCAUGCCACAUUCACAACGGCAAGGCGCAUUUGUAACAUAUUCAUCUAAUGUUCUUUCAACUACUUACAAGUACACGCUGUGCUGUCGUCUGGCCGGCUUUUUAUUCCGCGAUCAUCGCAAAACACUCCCUCAUUUCGUUUUGUAAGUAUGGAAUCUAAGAGAGGUAACCACAAUACCCUGUCUCUACUCUACGUCUGAUGCAAAAUAUCAUGUCGCGCAUGCAAUAGAGUCAGUAUGCUCAGCAAUCAUCGUCCUUUCUCUGGAAUCAAACAUUUGUGGCUGCCAAUCUAACAGGGUCUUUUGAUAAAUAAACGUUGUAGAAAAUUUAAAAAAAUGUACGUAAGAGAAAAAGAUCCUGGUAAGGAAUAAAGGGCCAUAAGGAAACCUUCUGUUUUAAGCAUGAUCUCAAUAUGUGCCCUUCCCCUCUUGUUGGUCGCCUUUUCUUUCCCCUUUACUCUGUUAAUUUCUCUCUCUUUUCUGUCACUCUAUUGUUUGAUUUUACGAGAGCAACGGAAAUUGAGUGCAACAAAGUGAUGCAUUCAGGGAACAAUCCGGUCACAGGCUCUUUAUUCGGCGCCACUAAAGUCGGUUGGUCGAAUCUGUGCUAGAGAAAGUCGGAUCAAUAGAAAUUUUAGUUCUGCCCUCCUUAUUAAGAAUGUCCAAGAAAUGUUUCUGUCAUCACCAACUUUAUAUAAAAAAUUAAGUGCAUGAGCUAUGGCAUAAUGACAGCAUGCUGUUAUGUUGCUGAUGGCGGCGUGGAUGGAGGAGGUAGCAAAAAAUAUAUAUAUAUUGCUCCGACUUUCUCUAGCAAAAAUUCGAUCAACCGACUUUCGUCGCUACAGCAACCUGCUAGUCGGGGCGGAGAUAGAAAAACGCCGCCCACGUAAAAUUGGCGAAUGUUUAAACAUCACUACUUUCGUCAUAUACACACACACACACCAGUUCAAGAACUAGAUAAUUUUACAAUCACUCAUAAACUGCUUCCAUCGCCAAGCAGCUUUGUCAGCUGAUCCGAUGUUAACAUCAUCAUCUAUAGCUAAAAUGUUAAAACCAUAAUAGUAUGGGAGCAUCGCAGAAUUUCGCUACUCAGCAGAGAUGAUUGAUUAUUAUCGUACGAGAUAAACUCGAAAGGAAUAAAAUAUUCUUGUUAUUUUGACUAUGUCACUUCUCAGUCCCCAUCUCGACCAUCUUAGUUUGCAAUCAAAUUUACAGCACACUUCACGGUGUUUCCUGAAUGUUGAGUGUUUUUGUAUAUACUGAGAGGCAGGCGCAUGGAUGUAUUUUCACUACAUCUGGUUACAAUUACACUUAUGCCAUGACCGCACGCAACCAUAUGAAACUAACUGUGGGGGUUUUGUAAAAUUAUAUUUUAUUGCUGUGUGUAUAUAAAUACUUUAUUUCCGUUUCUCCCCAAAGCUCCAGAAGGCAGUAGUUCGUAAAAAAUGAUAGACUUUGAAAAAGUAUCAUGUAUGGAAUAUAAAUAUUAUUCUAGAACAAGGGAGCAAACAAUAAUUUUGGUUCCUGUAGAGAACGAAUAGGACACCAUAAAAAAAGUUUGAAAGAAAGCGUAAUGAACACAUAUACAAAAGGCCACAAUUCAGUGUUGCGGAUUGUUGAUAAUAGUUCUGUAAAGUAAUUGUAUUGCUAAUCAAUUAUAUUUAUCGCAUCUCCUAUUCUCGUCUCCUGUAUCGGAAUUUGUUACCAAUUCCGGUUGUGAACAGCUAGAAAAUGCAUCAUUCUUCCCGCCAUCCAACCUGUGGGAGAAUACUGUUUCGUCACCACCCUCUAUUCAUUAUUGAAAAACAUUAAAAUAUUCCUGCUGCUUCCUUUUGAAGAGAACGAACACAAGGAAAACAAAACGAUUCACAAAACGAAGCCAGCCGCAAUGCAAACAAUAAGAAAAUGAUCAUUAUCAUCCCUUAUUGUGUAACUGUGUACGACCAAAAUUGAGGUGAACGCUCGCCUAACAAAAACUUCCAGCUGGUUGGUGGUUUGGUAGCCGACAUACAGAGAAGGAGUCGAUUUAGAAAUAGACCAGCAGACUAACGCGUAUAGAGAGCAAGUAAAAAUAAAUUUACAUCCUCCACUAGAAACACGGAACAAGGGAAAGAACGAGAGUCUGCAUGAGGAAGUGAUACGGACAGAUUACUAAUGUUAUAGGGACGUACUUUUUAUAGUAAAAAAUCUCCCUUCAGUCAGUGUGUGCAAAACUAUAGCAAAAGUUAUGCUGGUAAUUACAAAUAUGUAUCAAAUGAGCCAGGCAAAGCGGCUGUCGCAUGGAAUACGCAAGAGAAGACAUAAUAAACAUUUUCUUGAUUGUUUUCUAUGUUCAACGAGGAUGUAGGAAGCCUCUCACAUGGCUGGAAAGCUGGAGGAGUACGCAUUGUAUGAUUUGUAGACCAACAAUUAUCUAGCAAUGUCGUAAAUAUUUCUAAGGAAGCAUACAUACACAGUCAUUCAGGCGCACACAUACACACACACCCAACUACAAUUGAAAAUCAUGCUAUUAGCACAUGUACACAAUCUAUACAUAUACAACAUGAGCGAAACCACGUGCGUAAGUAAGUAGGAUUACUCUGGAGGCAAUCGAAGUAGAAGUCACGUUAUGGACAAAAAAUGUGCAGGAAGAGAGUGUACGAUGCAGGAAAGAUGUAAGUAAAUCGAAUAAAAGCACAUCCUCUCGGCAGGGAUGGGCUUAGGAUGUAGGCGCCGCACUGCAAGAAAGCGAUCAAAGCGAAUGCAUGGAUCUUAACUACACAAAGCUCCGAAGUGACUCUGAAAGUGACCGGGUCAUAUUGGUUGAUGAGAUGCUCAUACCGAAAAUAAAAUACGAGAAGA